AAUGGGGAGUCUACUAAAUUGUUUCGUUGGCGUGUGAGUUUUAAUAUGCUAUUUAUAGUGUCGAGAAGAGAUCUUCAGAAGAAAUAGUCGGGUUAAAAAGAAAAAACAAAUCUCUGUAGGGGACUUUAAAACGACCUCCUACCUGUGAAAUACCACCUACUUGGUUUUGUGGCCAUUUUGUAACAAGGUGGAGUAGACGUGAAAGCUGGCCCGAAGGAGCAACAACAUUCGAACUUCAGUGCCUGUUCUUGUAAUAAAUUGUCAAAAAUGGAUAUUUGGUGCGAAAGUGUAGUGUUUGCUAAAUAUUCAGGGUUAUAUUGACUCAGAAGACAACUGCUUUAAAAUGCCUGUCGUACCGCCUCCGCCUCCUCCAGGGCCACCUCCGCCCCCAGCUUUUUCGCCAGUUGAUUUGAAAGAAGCCGCAAAAGGGAGAGAUCUGCUCCUCCAGUCCAUCAGGAAAGGGAAACCUCUUAAGAAAACUGUCACUAAUGACAAAAGUGGACCGCUCAUUCAGCGUAAAGCCAAUGGAGGUAAUGAAGGCAGUGGCAGUGGCGGUGGUGCCGCUAGCAGUAAUACCUUCGUCGGUUCCGCUACUAUCAGUCGCUCAUCCGGGCUCGCAGGCCUGUUUGCUGAUGGUAUGCCGAAGCUGAAACCUGUAAAUGCUAACCACAAAGAUCAAUCUAGUUCAUUAUCAUCAUUACAAACAGCAAAUGUUUCAUCUCUUCAUAACAGCAUUAAUAAUCGUUUCAACAAACCCGACAUGGCAAAGAAACUGAUGAUCGACAUAAAGAAUAGAGGACCUCCACCUCAGCCACCGAAUCAACUUCAGAAACCUGUGAUAACUUCGAGUACCAGUGAGACUACGUUGACUUCGCCAACAGUCAAUACACAUACAAGAUCCGCGAGCACCGUGUCGCUGGCCAACGGACGCGGAGGAGGACACUUCACAGGAAGGAUCAUUAAGCCGCAAUUGGCACCCAAACCUCCUGCUCCUGCUCCGCCCGGCCCAUCAUUUCCAACCUUGUCGAAGACGACAGGAUUCCACGCAUCGUCAGACAGCCUAUCUGCUCGCCCGAGGCCUGCGAGGCCACCCCUGAGGGCCCCACAGUCGAGACCUCCUCCUCCGCCCACUUCGGUUGUGCCUCCCCCACCUACGACCGCAGUACCCCCUCCGCCGCCACCUUCUGCUCCACCUCCACCACCACCGCUUCCCCACAGGCCAGCGCCUCCUUUGCCUUCGAGUGUUCCUCCCACUCCUCCGUCGAGGCACUCAUCGAUGCGAAACGGAAGCGGACCAGCAAGUAUGUAA